AUGCUUAAGCAAAUGCAUAUUUGGUCUAAUGAAAUUUGUGAAACGGCUGGCAGGGUUUGUGUAGGCCUUCAUGAGAGGUGGGUUGUAAAUAUUUUAAUAUAAAAUUUUUAUUAUUAUUUAUUAUUUAUGUUAGAAUAAAUAAAGUAUUUAGGUGUCUUAAAUACCAGACCAGCUUCACAGCUCCUCAGCUGAAGAUUCUGAGGUUUCAUCUAGGAGACAAAUCCUCACUCCAAGUCCCUUGCACUAGGUUGUAAUUAUGCCUUUUUCUGAAUACACUCCUUUGUCAUGUACCAGAUCUUUCCACAAUUCCCCUCAUUAAGAGACCUCUUCAGAAUCUACUAUACCGUGGUAGUCCAGCUCCAUUUCUGUUUUAUCUAAGGCACACUUGCUUCCCAGCUGGUUACAUGACUUGUCCAUGUGCCACUUAAACUCUAGGAUCUCCAUCCAAUGACAGCCAGUUUAAGUAUUAAUCAUUCAUCUCUAACCUUUCUCCCAAGCAAAACAUCCUUCUCAUUGACAUCAACGAGUCGCACUUUCAUGAAACAGAAGAUACCGCUGCCGUGUUGCCGUCAGAUGAGUAAUCCCAGGAACCCAAAUAUCAGGGCACUGGAUGUGCCUCAAUGAUAAGCGACGCUACAGAAAAUGCAAAAGAUGACUAUUUAAAAGCAGGCAAGACAAUGAUGUCAUAUUUGUUGUAAAAAUGUGCCAGUAUUCUGAAAAGAUUGUUAAGGGAUGCAGACCUAAUUAUUCUGCUACAGCACACAACGGAGGGACAACGAAACAAAUCAAAGCCUGGAAGAUUUGUGGGAUGAAAAGUUAGGAUUUCAGAAGGAAGUCACAAUGGGAAAUGAAACAGUAUGUCUGCCCUGAAACUUUUGCAGGCACAAACACUAUUGAAAUUGGGAUUGCAUAGAAGCAGCCAGACACCACCUUGAGCACCAAUCAUCAGGAGUGUACAGUUUAAAAAAAAAAUCUGGAUAGUCCCUAAGUUGUCACAAAAUUGAAUCUAGGGUCCCUUCAAGUGUCCUUAAUGUGCAUUCAUAAUGAUCUCUCAUCAAUAAUUGCAAUCACCCCCAUCCCCACCAUUAGCUGCCACAUUAUAUUGCCCAAGUAGGAACAGAUAAAUGUUGUCUCCUGUUUUCAAAGUCUAGAAGCUGCAAUGGCUUACACCUUCAUUUACAAGUUUCAAAGUACAAAUUGUGUUCUUCGGUUAUUGUGCUUUUUAUUAUAAAAUUAUAAACUAAAUCUAAAUAAGUAGAAUAAAAUAAAUCUAAAUAACUAUUCCUGCAUUUCAGGGGGUUGGACUAGACAGGCAUGUCCGACUCCCAAGAGACUGCAAUCUACUCCCACUAUAAAAAAACUGGGAGUGAUUUCUUUAUUUUUUGCCAGGAUCACACGAUCGACCAGGAUCAACCAGGGACGCCCCACAAUAGACUGGUUGGACAUGCCUGAACUAGAUGAUCCUCAGGGUUGCUCCCAACUCUACAAUUCUAAGAUUCUAGGAAUGCAUCAGAAUAAGCAUAGCAUGGGUUGGGGAGGGAAAAUGGGCAGCGAGGAAGCAACAGCAGUUUGUGCUUCUGAAGUGAGCAUACAGAUUAUACACAAUAUUUUGAAUGUCCAAUUAGGGAGAAUUUGUUCCUGAACUAGAACAGGGAUUUGCCAGAUGUUGGUAGGUUUUGAUUCUAGAUUGACACUUCCAUAUGUGGUAUGCUGAUGUAGGAGCAUUCACUUCCAUUAUCACCAUGGACCAGUAUCCACUCCUGGAAAAGUACACUCUUGCCAUUAGCAUCUGA